CUCGUUCUGAAAUCAAAAAGAACAAAAAAAAAGAGAGAACGAAAUUGGUUUAUACCUUCUCUCAUUCAUAAUCGAAAUACAAUUCAUGGCGGAUCAGCUUAACUUGUAGCUCAAACUUCCUCUAUAUUCGCUCUCCGAAUUCUAGUGUUUCACCUUACAACGGAACCACAACUGCAUAAUCUGAAACCAGAAAUUACUAAAAAUCGAUUAAUCGGAUAAUCAAUUUUCAGAUUUCGAGGAAAAACAGGGUAAAACGAUGAGUAGUGGACAGAAGAAGAGGAAUUUUCAGAUUGAGGCGUUCAAACACAAAGUAGUGGUGGAUCCGAAGUAUGCUGAGAAGACUUGGAAGGUUCUUGAGCAUGCAAUUCAUGAGAUUUAUAAUCACAACGCUAGUGGACUGAGCUUCGAGGAGUUAUACAGAAAUGCUUACAAUAUGGUGCUACAUAAAUAUGGGGAGAAGCUUUAUUCAGGACUUGUGUCAACAAUGACAUUCCAUCUCCAGACAAUGUCCAAAAGUAUAGAGGCUGCCCAUGGUGGCUCAUUCCUUGAGGAGCUUAACAGUAAAUGGAGUGAUCACAAUAAAGCUCUGCAAAUGAUCCGUGAUAUAUUGAUGUACAUGGACAGAACUUUCAUACCAAGCACGCACAAAACUCCUGUUCAUGAGCUUGGGCUAAAUCUUUGGAGGGAUAAUGUAGUUCACUCAGACAAGAUCCAGACUAGGUUGCUGAAUAUGAUUCUUGAAUUGAUACUUAGGGAACGUACUGGUGAAGUUAUCAACAGAGGGUUGAUGAGAAACAUAAUCAAAAUGCUGAUGGAUUUGGGUGCAUCAGUCUACCAAGAAGAUUUUGAGAAACCAUUUCUUGAUGUUUCUGCUGAUUUCUACAGAGUAGAAUCUCAGGAGUUUAUAGAGUGCAGUGAUUGUGGGGAUUACUUGAAGAAAGCUGAACAACGUUUGAAUGAAGAAAUUGAGAGGGUAUCUCAUUACUUGGAUGUGAAAAGUGAAGCAAAGAUAACUAAUGUUGUGGAGAAAGAGAUGAUAGCCAACCACAUGCUUGGACUUGUUCACAUGGAGAAUUCAGGCUUGGUAAAGAUGCUUCUUGAUGAUAAGUUUGAGGACUUGGGAAGGAUGUACAACUUAUUCCGCCGGGUUCCUAAUGGGCUCUCGACAAUUAGGGAUGUAAUGACAUCCCACAUCAGAGAUACCGGAAAACAGCUUGUUACAGAUCCUGAGAAGUCGAAGAAUCCAGUGGAGUUCGUGGAGUGUCUGCUUGAGAAAAGAGAUAAGUAUGAUAAGAUCAUAAGCUUGGCGUUUGGCAACGACAAAACCUUCCAGAAUGCCUUGAAUUCUUCUUUCGAAUAUUUUAUCAAUCUGAAUCCUCGUUCUCCGGAGUAUAUAUCGUUGUUUGUAGAUGAUAAACUGCGGAAAGGACUGAAGGGAGUGAAAGAAGAGGAUAUUGAGCUGAUUCUGGAUAAGGUUAUGAUGCUGUUCCGUUACCUCCAGGAGAAAGACGUCUUUGAGAAAUACUAUAAGCAGCAUUUGGCAAAGAGACUGUUGUCGGGUAAAACAGUAUCUGAUGACGCUGAGAGAAGUCUAAUUGUUAAACUGAAGACUGAAUGUGGGUAUCAGUUCACUUCAAAAUUAGAAGGCAUGUUCACAGACAUGAAGACCUCUCAGGACACGAUGCAAGGGUUUUACACAACCUAUGGUGCCGAGUUAGCCAACGGACCUACAUUAGUUGUCCAGGUUUUGACUACUGGAUCCUGGCCCACUCAAACUAGUGUCACCUGCAACUUGCCAUCUGAAAUGUUGGCUCUCUGUGAGAAGUUUCGUUCGUACUACCUCGGGACCCACACUGGUCGGAGAUUGUCAUGGCAAACAAAUAUGGGUACGGCCGACCUCAGAGCUACCUUUGGGAAUGGACAGAAGUAUGAGCUGAAUGUUUCAACUUAUCAGAUGUGUGUCUUGAUGCUGUUCAACGGUGCUGAUUCUCUCAGCUACAGGGAGAUUGAGCAGGCCACUGAGAUUCCAUCUUCUGAUCUCAAGAGGUGUCUGCAGUCCUUAGCUUGCGUAAAAGGGAAAAACGUGCUGCGCAAAGAGCCCAUGAGCAAGGACAUCGCGGAAGAUGACGGGUUCUCUGUCAACGACAAGUUCACCAGCAAGCUUCGCAAGGUGAAGAUUGGGACUGUCGUUGCACAGAAAGAAUCCGAGCCUGAAAAGCAAGAGACGCGACAGAGGGUGGAAGAGGACAGAAAGCCACAGAUCGAAGCUGCAGUAGUCAGAAUCAUGAAAUCACGGAGGGUGUUGGAUCAUAAUAAUAUCAUUGCAGAGGUCACAAAGCAACUGCAGUCGCGGUUCCUGGCAAACCCCGGGGAGAUCAAGAAACGGAUAGAGUCCCUCAUCGAACGAGAUUUCUUGGAGAGGGACAAUGCAGAUAGAAGAUUAUACCGAUACCUUGCCUGAAGAAAGAAAACAAUUCCAGUUGCUGUACUUCCUUUUCAGGGUAGCUUUCUGCAGCGGAAAUGUAACUUAUUGACAGCUGUUGACAUCAGUUUUAUUCCUGCUGAAUGCAUUUGUUUUACUAGUCUUCAUUCA